AUGUCAGCUAUUGCAAUGACUAAGAAUCCAGUAUUCCACAGUCGUACAAAGCACAUUGAGAUUAGAUACCACUUCAUCAGAGAGCUCGUGGAACAUGGAGAAAUGAAAAUGGAGUUCUGCAAGAUUGAAGAACAAUUAGCAGACAUCUUCACCAAGCCAAUUGCAACAGAGAAGUUCAUCAAAUUCAGAGACAUGCUUGGAAUUAUGGUUAGAACCAGAGGUUUAGGUCGUGCUUUAGGCAGAAUUACAAGAAAAGCCCUGGGGAGAGAAGAUAAUCAUGAUUCAAAUGAAGCUCUCCAUCGGCGAAGGCUCACAGCAUCCGCACGCAGGCCGUGUGACACAUCAGUUCUAACUGCCUAUGCUGAUCAUGUUGCAAUCAUUGUUUGGAAUGGAAAGGGACUUAUAUCGACUUUUAUGGAGAGACGACAUAAGGAAACUAGCAGUUUCCAUUUUCUAGUAGGAGAGGUCACCAUCACCCUCGAUGAUGUGGCCUCUUUACUUCAUCUGCCCAUCAUAUGCGUAUUCCAUAGCUUCAAGACUCUUUAUGACGACGAAGCGGUGUUGAUGGUAGUGGAGAUGAAGCCAAAGCUGAGACACUACAUUGUCAUGGGGCAUAUGUACAACUAUCUUGGUUACGAGAUAUUUAUUAUAGCAAAUAGUGCAACACACGUACAUGUGGUGUUCUUGGAUGCCUUUCGAGACCUCAAUCAGAGUGGAAGCUACGCAUGGGGAACUGCCGCCCUAGUUCAUAUGUACGAUAAUUUGAAUGAUGCUUGUAAGAGCAGCAACAAACAACUUGAUGGAUAUAUCACACUAUUACAAUGUUGGAUUUAUGAAUAUUUUCCAUCUAUUGCUGAGGUUUUUACGAAUGAAGACUAUGAUGAAAGGCCACCCCAUGAUUGUCGUUGGACCUCUACGAAGGCCUCUAUGAAGGCAUUAUCAGUGUCAACGUAUCGGAAGCAUCUAGAUCGGCUGACAACUGCUGAUGUUUGUUGGAUACCUUACGGUGACCACCGUGCAGUUAGAGAGUUCAACCUAAUUUCAUGUUUUUAUGGACAUAUCCAAUGGGGUCCCGUUGACCAGAGAGGGUUGUGCGGUAGUUUGGAUUAUAUGGACUGGUUCUACAUGAUUUUGCAUCCAUUCAUGAGGCCAACACAGCUCGGGGAUCCACCCAGACAUCCACCUGUCGUGCAAGAUGAGACAUAUAUUGAACCAGAUAUGCCUCAGUAUCCAGUGGUGGCAGCAACUAUAGAGGAAGCACCUGCGCAUGCAGUGGUAACAUAUAUAUUCAUCUUACUCUUAAUGUCAAUAGCUGAAAGGUUGGAGCGGUUGCUCAACCUAAGGAUAGUGAUUGAAGGCACAAAAACAUAUGAUGUCAUGCAAGACUGCCUAAGGAUCGCUAGAGGUGUCAUUGUGGAUCACAAUGUAUAUGUGCGGUCGUGA